AUGUUGCAUCAAUUUGAAACAUUACCACCUCUAAACUUACAACUUUGUCCCGAUCUCGACGACGUUUAUAUGCAAAGUCCAGUCAUGACCGACGGCCACGCAGCGCGCGUCCACGCUGCGAGGAAGAGUGCGUUCCUGUCGAUGUCACCAGCAAGCAAUUUUGAGGCUUUUAGUCUGUAUUUUCAUUUACCACUGAAAGUGGCGGCUGAGAAGUUUGGUGUGCGUGCCACAGCGUUUAAGAAACGUUGUCGAGCGAUCGGGAUUCGUCAUUGGCCGUACCGCAAGGUGCGGAGUCUCAAACGCUCGCUACAAGAGCUUCAUCGAUGUCAAGAGCAAGCAGCCUUAAGUGACAAACAACAGGCUCAAUAUACUACGUUUACGCGCCAACUCGAGAGACUUCUGGCGCCAGAGACUUACGGACUUAACCCGUCCGAUCGUGUCAGGCCCAAUUUUUUGACUGACGAUGAGGAUGUCCAGUCAGAUGAUGGGAACGACUCGUUUGCAUCGAGUCCGCGAGGUAACGAUGCACAGAGCUUGCAUGAUUGUUCCGUCAGCCCAACUGACGAAGAUAAUAAGACGUUGAGUGACGUCCUUCCAGCCGGAUCUUCUCAAUCGCAAGUUCGACGGCCUGCGCACUUAUCGAUGAAGAGUGAAGGUCUGACGCACCAUGAUAUGAGUGGAACUUUUAGGGCGCAAUGUUAUGAGUUCUUAGAUGUGCUAAAAACGUCACCUAAUGACAAGACAUUAUAUGGAGCAGACUACGUUUCAAGUGCUUUUUAUGGUGCAGAUCUUUUUUUGCCUUCGGAAAUUAAGUAUGCGGAUGUACGAGCAUUGAUUGAUGCAGAUGGAGAGUUUACGGCUCAUGCAAGCCAGGUGGACUACAACAGCGACAGAUUUUUUGACGACGUGUUCCUGCAGAUCUCACCAGACUAUGGAUGUUUGGUCUAA